GGUGGGUUUCUCACUGUUUCUUCUUCUUCCCUCAAGUCGGGGAUAUUUUUCUGAUUUCUCUCAAAAAGAAACCCUAAAAGCCCCUCACCUUCUUCUUCGCGGCUCUUUCUCAAUUCGUCUACAGAGGACUCACCCACUAAUUGCUCGUGAUAAAACGGUAAAAAACACAUAUGACGAGAGAAGAGAGUUCGAAAGUCACUCGAAGAAGCACUAGAUUCUCAUCUUCUGUAACCAGUGACAACCCUGAACCCAAUCCCUCCCACCCACCAACCGUUGCUGACCUCACGUUCGGGGAAGAAUCCAUCACUUUGGAUUCCCUUCUCUCCAGUUUCCCAGGCAGACGCUCUCAGAUUCUCGACCUGAUUCGUCUCAUUGGCCCCUUGGACUCCCCUGCUCUUCCAGUAAUUCUCUACGGCCACGCUUCCACUGGCAAAACAAGUGUUGUUCUUCAGGUGUUCACGCAUCUCAACCGCCCUUUCGUCUAUUCAAGCUGCCGUACAUGUUGCACUCCCCGUCUCUUGUUCGAGUCGAUUCUGAAUCAGUUGCUGCUCCAUAGCAAGUGUUCUUCAAAUGGGUAUGCUAGUGCAAAACGAUGUGACAAGCCAUCUGACUUCGUCAACUUACUUAAAGAAGCGCUUAGUAGUGUGGUGGAGACUCUAAACUCUACUAAGCUGGAGAAAAAACUUAUGGGGAAGAUGGUGUACUUGAUAGUUGAUCAUGUGGAUCUUAUCAAAGAGUGGGACAAAGGGGCAAUGAUUCUGCAGUUUCUUUUCAGUUUGUCUUCAGUUCUGAAGAUGCCUCAACUUGGUAUAAUACUUAUCAGCGGAUUGCCACCGGAUGUGUAUUACUCAAACAUGGGGUACACAGACCCUCUACCUGUUUAUUUCCCUGAGUAUUCUGAAGAGGAGCUUCGUCAGAUCUUCUUGAAAAAUCAAGUUAACAAGAAAUUGUACUCCGCGUUUCUCGAUGUUGCAUUGAGACCUUUCUGUAGAGUCACAAGGAGAGUUGAAGAACUUUCCACUUCCUUGUCAUCAUUGUUCAGACAGUAUUGUGAACCACUUGAUGAUUUAUCGAUUUCGCCUAAUGAAGAUCUGAAGAGAAGGCUGUAUAGCAAUCUUAGACCGCAUAUUACUUCUUGUUUGAAUGAGGUAUUCAGGGUCUCAGGUCGCCCUCAUGAUGGUGACACCAGAGGCGAGAGAAGGCAGAAAGCCAGCUACAGUUCUGAGAAAGGUGAUGAACUUGAGAUCUUGGACUUCCAUAUGUCUACUUCAGCCAAGUACCUUCUCAUUGCGGCGUUCCUCGCUUCGAGAAACCCAGCAACGUUAGAUGCCUCGAUGUUUGACUCCACAGGAGGCAUGGAUAAUCGUAAAAGAAAGCGCAAGGCAUCUGAGAAAUCGAUGGAGAAGAAGGAAAUGGCAGAGCAGGAAGCAGUGAUGAAAGGGCCUGGAAGCUUUCCACUAGAGAGACUAUUGGCGAUAUUCCAGUGCAUUGCCUCUGUAGGAGACUCUUCAUUAGGCGAGGAGGAAGAUGAAGAAGGAGAAGAAGAAGCUACGGGUUACGACAAGGAGAGUAACAACAUGAUGUCUGAUAUUCUGCUUCAAGUGUCGAGUCUUUGUGAUGCAAACUUUAUGAUCAAAAGCGGAAGCUGCCCAUUAGAAGGUUCUAUUAGGUACCGUUCCAUGGUCUCUGAAGAUCUUUCUCUGAAGGUUGCGAGAAGCCUAAGCUUUCCACUGUCCAAGUACUUGUAUAGAAGAUAAUAUGCUGAAAAGACACUAUGUAGAGGCCGUGCGUCUCUAAGCUCUGAACCCGGCUUAGGCAAGAAUCGUCUUGAUUUUACGGUUUGGGAUUUUAUUCUAUAACACUUAAAUUUAUUAGAAUGUGGUCCAAACUUUUUUUUA